CGGUGAGUGUCCCUGCUCCGAAACGGGAAUAGUGGACUGCGAUGCCAUCAUCGUCUCCGCCGCGAGGCCUGAGGCAGGAAUCAUCAUACUACCUCAUGCACCGCUUUUAGUACUAUCAACUUCACCUUCGUUUCUCCGACUCGUUCGUUAUUUGGAUAGACAUUGUAUUAUUCUCGCUACCAUCGCUUCCGCUUUUCUCCUUCCUCGCCGGACUCUCUCCGGUUGCCUCCAUCAUGGACUCCCCCGCCGUUCCUGUUCCGCGUGAUCCGCAAGAACAGCCUAUCCUCGAACGCCUUCUUCGCACCCGCGAUGCUCUUCUAUUGCUGAAACGAGACAAAUCGUCCUACAUCAAGUCCCGCGAUGUGAUCCCGCUGUACGAAGCUGUGAUCCAGGAGGUGGAACAACUGCAUGCAGUCCGGGAAGGACAGGAUCCUCGGCAACCUCACAACCGACUGGACUACGUUUUGGAUGAUUGCUUUCAGCUGAUUUCCUUGUUGUUCUUGACCGUUGGCAAAAACAAUGAAGCUCCAGCAGUAUAUUCACUUGCGACUACGGUCAAGCGCCUGCUCGACCACCUCGAAGAAGCCGGCUUCUACAGCUCCAAAGACCUUUCCUCCAUUACGAAGACCUUGGCAGACAUGCGCCAAACCCUCGAGCGCGGCAGGCAGACAUAUUCCCCAGCCCUAUUGAAGCUCCUGGAAAGUCGGAUCCAACAAUGCGAGUGGCAUCUAGAAAGUCUGCAGAAGGGGCUUUCCAUUUUGGCACCUGAGCUUGCGCCUACACAUGAGACACUUGUUUCUAUUUUGCGGUCGACAUCUGCUGUUAAUACCCGUUCGAAGUUCUCGCCAUCGGAAGUGACUAGCCUGCGAAAGCAACUGGAGAAGAUUCAGGGAUCUUUGAAGGACGGUCGAUUUGUCGGCGCCGAUGGCGCACCUCUUCAGGGUCAGGAUUCGCUGAAAGGAUUGUUAGAACGAUGUUGGCGGUGGACUGAGAUUGUUUUGGAGCGGGAAGGGCAAAUCACCGAAGGAUUCCAGGAGCAAUACGAACGUCUGGUUGAGAUUCGCAAUCAGUUGGACCGGCUGUCCGUGACGCAAGCGUGGUCUCUUCGUGAGACAGACCUUUUCGAGUUCCAGCGGAAACUUGAUCGCAUUGACGAGGCGCGAGUUAACGGAAACUUUGUCAGCCCCGAUGGACAACAGGCAGACCUCCAUGCACAGCGGACACUCUUGUACCUGAUUCGUCGAAGCUACGCAUACAUCUACGCUCUCCUUAUCUCAUCCGAACCGGUAUCCGAGGCAUUGCUGCCAGUAUAUAAUCAGCUGCAAACGUUGCGGCGGUGCUUGUUGGAGGUCAAGGAGUCUGGAGGCGUGUCGAACUCGCGUGAACUUUACCCGUACAGCAUGAAGCUCAAUUCGAUUGACAACAUGCGAGUCGACGGCAAGUUCUAUGUGGGCAGCGACAUUCCCGAAGGCCAGGGCAGCAUCAAUGCAUUGCUCGCCGAAUGUUACGAUAUUGCAUGGGAGCUCCGCGCAUCGGUAGACGAAGAGGACGAAAGGAGUUGAUAGAGCUUGCUCUUCUAAUAUGUACUUUUGCUGCUUUCCUUUCAUCUUUCCCGACUACUACGUGUUUUUAUUCUGCUUUAUCUAUUGUAUCUAAUUCUGGGGAGGGCUUCUUAUCGCUGUACACUGUUUCUUCGGAUGGAACUUGCCUUGGGAUUCAUGAUGGCGUUUUACUAGGACAUGUGCUUUUGGGAUGUUAGUAUGGCCCGGUACCUCUAUAGGGAGGAUACCAGCCCUGAUAUACAUGAUGCCAUGUAAUACAUAGCUGUGCUUUGCCAUUUAUGGAAGUGACAAAAAUACAGAU